AUGGCACCUUUUCUUGACGAGAACGAGAGUAUGAGCGCCCAGCAAAAGUAUGGCGACUGGCGAGAUGAAUUCUACGAGAAGGGCUAUGUAGUCCUCAAGGGCGUAGUUCCCAAAGAGCGAGCUCUAAAGUACCGCAACAAGAUGAUGGACUGGCUUGGCACCUUCCCCAACGACUUCGACAUCAAGAACCCAGAGACAUGGACCAAGGAAAACCUUCCCCAAAGUUUCAAGAAUGGAAUGUACCUGAACUACUGUGCUGCACAUGAAAAGUAUGUCUGGGAGGCUAGACAGGAACCUGGUGUUUUGGAAGCCUUUGAGAAAAUCUGGAAUACGAACGAGCUUAUUGUGUCAUACGACACUAUCAAUCUGACAUUGCCGAAUGCGUCGAAGAUGGCUGGUUCAAAGCCAUGGCCGCACGUGGACCAGGCACCCGAACGGCAAGGCCUUUCUUGCGUACAGGGCAUUAUCAAUCUCUCUGAGGCCGGACCCAAAGACGGCGGGCUUGUUGUAAUGGAAGGUAGCGCCAAGCUCUUCGACCAGUUCUUCAGAGAGCAUCCACCCGACCGAACCAAGGGUCCCUUGGCUGCUCUUCACUACGACUUCUACCCGUUCCAAGAUUCGGAUGUGAAAUGGUACGAGGACCAUGGCUGCAAAAUGGUCAAAGUUUGUGCUGAGCCUGGUGAUCUGAUCUUGUGGGACUCGCGCCAGAUGCACUACGCUGUGUACCCAGAGACCAACAAUAUCCGCACAAUCAUAUAUGCCUGCUACACCCCAGCUGCCAUGGCAUCCAAGGAAGAUCUGGAGAAAAAGAAGGAGAUCUUUGAGAAGUGGGAGGCGACGACACAUUGGCCACACAUUAACAUCCACUCGCAAGGAAAGGCUAAGGUGGAUGGCAAACUCGACCCGUGGGAGCGGACGGAGCCGUUGGAGAAGCCAGAGUUGACGGAAAAGCUGCUCAAGUUGGCGGGUGUGAAGUCAUAUUGA